UAUUUUUUUGGUGUUGCUUUUCAUAAUCGUUAAUCAUUGUCGGCAACUAUUUAUAAAUGUUUGAAAUUGAAAAAAUUUCAUUACCAAGCUACGAAAUACAGAAAAAAUACGAGAUAAAUAUGAUAAGUGUUUGCUGAAUCAUAACUUUUGGGUGCCAAGAGGAAUACACAGCCAAUAGAUCGAGAGUGGUUAUUAAUAUUCGACAAGAAUUGACAGAUUUGAGUGAACCGACUUGUCCCAUGUUGCCAUGCGCGACCUCAAACAGCGGCUCUUCGACCUUCUACGCUCCGGCGGCAACAAUAACAACAACAAUAGCAACAACAAUAGCCACAACAACAACAGCGUUGGCUGCAACCAAAACAACCAAAAUGGCAUUCCCCACAUUCAGCACACCAUUCAGCAGCUGCCGGCCGCCCAAAAACCGAAGAAGCUUCAUGAGUACACGGCCGCUGACUGCAAUGCGGCCUUUCUGCGCAAGUACCAUGACCUCAGCAUUAGCAGGGGUAUGGGUCUGGAGCUGAACGGAAGGGAACGGGAGAGGGGCGCGAGAGAUAGAGGACGCGAAAAAGACAGGGACAGAGAGAGGGAGCUGGAGUGGGAGAGGGAGAGGGAGCGACAGCUGCCCCACGGAGGAGCCAAUGUGAUCUAUUUCAAUGAGAACCUGUCGAUGGCCAGCAAGUACAAUGUGCGUCAGUUUCCCCUGACCCGAUACCCCUCCUGUCCCCUGAGCAGCUUUGGUCUUCCGCCCUCCCCCCAUGACGGCCAUGAGGGCCGUGAAGGCCAUGCAGGUCUUGAAGGCCAUCAGGGCAGCGCCGGCAGCAGCCUAGGCGAGGAGGAGGAGGAAGAGGAGGAGGACACGGAGAGCGAGAGGUACAACUUCUGUUCGGAUGAGGACCAGAGUAGCAACACGCAAACCCUCAAGAUUCGUCACAGCCACGACAUGGACUUGGACGCCGAUGGAGAUGUGGAAGCGGAUGGGGAUGUGGACGUUGAGGACGACCGGGCCGAGUCCCAGUUGGACUCCUUCUGCACGCUCUGCACCUCGACCUUCAGCUACAACAAGUGCUGUCGCUUCUGCGAGAACUCCCUCUGCGGCUCCAAAUGCAACUCGGAGCGGGGCUCCCAUGCAAGCCGGAUCAGUCGGAAUGGUGGCUACCCCCAGGCCGAGGCGGAGACGGAUCUCGAGCAGCACCAUCAGCAGCAGCAGCAGCAACAGCAACAGCAGCAGCAUCAGCUUCUCCAGCAGCAUCGAUUUGGGGGCAGCUCGAGGAUGCUCUCCAGCUAUCAGCCGACCGCUCUCAGAACCAUAAACGACUAUGCUCUAAGCUCGAAUCUGCACUUGAAGCACAACCGCAUCAACAACAACAACAACAACAACAACGCUAAAAGCCAGAAGUUGAAUAAUCUGCACAGCAACAACAAGGUCAUCGGCAACGGCAACAACAGCAACAGCAACAGCAACCUUAACAGAAUGCACGCUCACCAGCUGGAUUCGUACCUGGGCGGAGGACCAGGACCCCUCCAGAUGAUGAACAUGAGCAACAUCAGCCAACUGCACCAUCCGGGGAAUGUUUCGGCGAACGAAAGGCCCAACGGAGGGGCGCUGGCCCUGCACUAUGCCGCCGCGCGCGGCUGCCUCGAUUGUGUGCAACUGCUGGUGGCAGCAUCUGUGGAUAUUUGCGCCAAUACGCAAAUGGACAAUGAUGUCACGCCCGUCUAUUUGGCAGCACAGGAGGGCCACUUGGAGGUGCUCAAGUUUCUGGUGCUUGAAGCCGGCGGCUCGCUUUAUGUUCGUGCACGCGACGGCAUGGCACCGAUCCAUGCCGCUUCACAAAUGGGCUGCUUGGAUUGCCUCAAAUGGAUGGUUCAAGACCAAGGAGUCGACCCAAAUCUGCGCGAUGGCGAUGGGGCCACACCACUGCAUUUUGCCGCCUCGCGCGGUCAUCUGUCCGUGGUGCGUUGGCUGCUCAAUCACGGAGCCAAGCUGUCGCUGGACAAGUAUGGCAAGUCCCCCAUCAACGAUGCGGCCGAGAACCAGCAGGUUGAGUGCCUGAAUGUGCUGGUCCAGCACGGGACAUCUGUGGACUACAACAGCAAGAACAGCGUGCAGCGACACAAAACACAGCAGCAACUGCAACAUCAGCAGCAGCAGCAGCAACAGCAGCAGCAGCACCAUCAACAGCAGCAACAUUUUAGCAGCAGCUGCAACUCGAACUCGAACUCCUCGAAGCAGACGAGCCGCAGCAACACAAUCAAGUCCAAGUCAUCGUCCACACUGAGCUCCGAUGUGGAGCCCUUCUACUUGCAUCCGCCGGCAGUGAGUGGGGGCGCUGGAGGAUCGGCCAUGGGCCUGGGCAUGGGCAUCGGUAUGGGAAUCUCGCGAAAGAACAGCGAUGCCCUGUACUCGCAGCAGUCGCGGAGUUCCUCAGAAAAGCUCUACAACGGCAGCUCCUCCAUGGGAGGCAAUGGAGGCGGGGGCGGAAGCAGCUCCACGGUCGGCGGGGGAGCGCUGCUGCCCAACGAUGGGCUCUACGUGAAUCCCAUGAGGAACGGCGGCAUGUAUGCCACGCCCUCGCCAAACGGCAGCAUCUCGGGCGAGUCGUUCUUCCUGCACGACCCCCAGGACAUAAUCUACAACCGGGUGAGAGAUCUGUUCGUGGACUCGGACUGCAGCAGCGUGAAGCAGCACAACAACCACCACAGCCAUCACAGCCACCAUCAUCAGCAGCAGAUAAUGCAGUCGAAGGCUGGCAAUGCUAUGACCAUCCAGGCGGAUGUCCACUCCAGUUCCAGCGGUGCUGGCAGCGGCUCCGACGAGUCCGUCUCCAUCUCGUCCAGCUUCAAUUCGCCGAAGAGCAGCAAUCACCAUCAUCAGCAGAUGCGCAGCCAGAGCUUCAACCGGCAUGGCAGCAGCAGCAAUAUCAGCAACAGCAACGGCAACGGCAACAUCAGUGGCGCCAAGAACAACAACAACUACAAACAGCACAAGAACAUGGCCAGCAAUGGCAGUCAGAAUGGUGGCGGGGAUCACGAUUACGAGGACAUCUAUCUGGUGCGGGAAGAGUCGCGCAAGCAGCACCAGCACCAGCAGCAGCACCAGAUACAGCUGCAGCAGCAGCAACAACAGCAGCAGCAACAUCAGCUGCAACAGCAGCAGCAGCAGCAACAUCAGCUGCAACAGCAGCAGCAGCAACAGCAACAUAAAUACAAUGUGGGACGAUCUCGGUCGAGGGACAGUGGCUCCCAUUCCCGUUCGGCCAGCGCCAGCUCCACACGCAGCACGGACAUUGUCCUGCAGUACAGCAAUCAUCACUUGAACAACAAGCGGAACAACAGCAUCUCUAGCAGCAACAACAACAACAGCAGUACCAACAACAUAAGCAACAACAACAACAACAGUGUGCUCAAUCGCAACAAAUCGCAUUCAAUCAUCGGGCUGCACAGCAGCAAAUACGAGUCCUCGCUGAAGGACAACUACAGCUCGAAGAACGUGAAUCUCAAGAACCAGCUGCUCAAUGGCGGCAUCAAGAGCGACACCUACGAGAGCGUCUGUCCGCCGGAGGAUGUGGCCGAACGCACCAAGCAGACCCACAAGAACUCCAUGAUCCGCAACAAUCUGGUGGAUGCCUCCAUGCCAGCGAUGCUCGGCAGCAGCAGCCCCAAUAUUGCCCAGAAUGGCACUGGCAAUGGCAACGGAAGCGGCAGCAACAGCAACAACCAUCAGAACAACAGCAACAACAACCUGGGCAGCAGGAACCUGAAACGGGUAUCCUCGGCUCCCCCCAUGCAGAACGUGGCUUUGGUGAAUGGACCUCCGCCACCGCCUCUGCCACCACCGCUGCGAGCUCCGACACAGCAGCAGCAGCGCAACAACUUGAAUGCCGAGCAACCGAGCAACAAUAUCAGCAGCAGCAACAGCAACAUCUACAAGAAGAAUGUGUACGGAGUAAGCUCCCCGGUCUCCACCACUGGCAGUGGCAGUGGCAGUGGCAGCGGUGCAGUGCCAGCUCCUGGUCCCAUUGUCGGUGGCAAUGCGAAUGCUGCCAGCGAAGCCGCCGACUCCGACUCUGGCCUGGAGGUGAUCGAGGAGCCGAGUCUGCGGCCAUCUGAACUAGUGCGGGGCAAUCACAAUCGCACUAUGUCCACCAUUUCAGCGAACAAGAAAGCCAAGCUGCUCAAUGGUAACGCCAAUCCGGCCAACAAUCCAGCAGCCGCCCAGACGAAUGGAGAUGCCAACGGGGGCGGCGGCGGCGGCGGCGGUGGUGGAGGUGGUGGAGGGGGAACUGGCUCCCAGUCGCGUAAUCCGAACGGCAGCAUCUAUGGCUAUGCGGAUGCUCCCAAGUCGCAGAGGGGCGGCAACUACCAGCAGACGACAUCGCCCCACUACCCGCAGCAGGCCCAGCAGCAGCAGAACCACCAUCACACCUACACGCCCAGCCUGUACGGGGGCGGCUCCUCGGCAGAGGAUCACUACGAGCUCACCCAGCAGCAGGCCCAGUACGCGGGCAUCUAUGGCGAGGCCGGGAGCGGGGUGCCCGGAUCGGGUGGCGGCCGCACCGGCGGACCCAACCUGGUCAACAAGCAGCUGGUGCUGCCGUUUGUGCCCCCCAGUUUUCCCAAUAAAUCACAAGACGGCGUCACGCACCUCAUCAAGCCGUCCGAGUAUCUGAAGAGCAUCAGCGAUAAGCGUUCGUGUCCAUCCUCGGCCCGCUCCACGGAUACGGAGGACUAUAUGCAGAUACAGAUUGCCAACCAGCAGCAGCAACAGCAGCAGCAUCCCCAGCAGCAGCACCAGCACCCACAGCAGCAGCAUCAUCACCAUCACCAGCAUCCACACCAUCCCCAUCAUGGGAUGGGGGAACAGCCGCCGCUGCCGCCGCCGCCACCGCCCUUGCCACACAACAUGCCGCUGCCGCCCAUGAUGAUGCCCCUGAUGAACGGUGGCAGCGACUCCACCAUGGCCAGCAAGUCGCACAAGGCCAAGAAGCCGCACGGCGCCACUCCCAAUAGUCAGGACACUGCCACACGGAAGCAGCACCAGCCACUCUCGGCCAUCUCAAUACAGGAUCUGAACAGCGUCCAGCUGCGACGCACAGACACGCAGAAGGUGCCCAAGCCCUAUCAGAUGCCAGCACGGAGUCUGAGCAUGCAGUGCCUCACAUCCAGCACGGAUACGUAUCUGAAAUCGGAUCUGAUCGCGGAGCUGAAGAUCUCCAAGGACAUACCGGGCAUCAAGAAGAUGAAGGUCGAGCAGCAGAUGGCCAACCGCAUGGACUCCGAGCACUACGUGGAGAUAACCAAGCAGUUCACGGCCAACAACUAUGUGGACCAGAUCUACUUGCAGAUACCCGAAAAAGAUCAGGCCGGCAAUGCCAUACCCGACUGGAAGCGUCAGAUGAUGGCCAAGAAGGCUGCCGAGCGGGCCAAGAAGGACUUCGAGGAGCGCAUGGCCCAGGAGGCCGAGUCGCGGCGCCUCUCGCAGAUCCCCCAGUGGAAGCGCGACCUUCUGGCGCGCCGCGAGGAGACCGAGAACAAGCUGAAAGCGGCCAUCUACACGCCCAAGGUGGAGGAGAACAACCGCAUUGCGGACACCUGGCGGCUGAAGAACCGCGCCAUGUCCAUAGACAACAUCAACAUCAAUCUAGCCGGCAUGGAGCAACACUACCAGCAGAUCCAGUUCCAGCAGCUCCCCCCACAACAGCAUCCCCAAGGUGGCAACGGUGGCAACGGUGGCAACAAGGAGAACCACAGCCACGGCCACAGCCAGGACUCCAAGUGUGCCUCAGAGCCGGAGCAGGUCGCCCCCGACGCCGCCCUGGAGCAAGCCGUGGACCAGCCCCUAGACCGUGAGGCCCACGAAGAGCGGGAGCGGGAGGAGGACAACAUCAUCCCCUGGCGUGCCCAACUGCGAAAGACCAACAGUCGCCUCAGCCUCAUCUGAUAUGAUCUGAUCUGAUCUGAUCUGAUUCUCCUCUGAGUCUUAUAAGUGGUGCAUUUUUUUUUUGUUUUUUUUUCCUAACUUAACAAAUGUGCAAUUAUAAAAUGAUAACUAUACCAUAUUAUAAUAUUAUUCUAGCUUAAGACUAGGCUUUGUUUCAAAACUUCAAAUCCAAGGCAAGCUUAAACCCAAAAAGGCAACAAAAAGAAAGGAUAACCGCGAGGAAAAAAGACGAAAGAUGUGAAAGUAAAAGUAAAAGUA